AUGCCGGAACUGGCGCGGUCGAUCCCCCGCUCCUGGACAUCGACUUUAAAGCUUCCUAAGUCGUCGUUUCCCCCUCGAGUCUCGCCUGUUGAUCAAACAAAGUAUCUAAAACGAUGCACCGAUGACCUCUACGCCUGGCAACGUCGCGAGAGACCAGCCGAUAACCCUUUCGUCCUCCACGAUGGUCCGCCCUACGCGAACGGCGAAUUGCAUAUUGGACAUGCGCUCAACAAAAUCUUGAAGGAUAUAAUCUGUCGCGUACAAUUAGGUCGAGGCAAACGGGUGCGCUACGUGCCUGGAUGGGAUUGUCAUGGACUUCCGAUCGAACUCAAAGCCCUCCAAGGCCUACGCGAUAUGGACAUUGCCAAUGGGUCAGUCAGUGCAGCUGUAAUUCGCAAGUCAGCGCGCCAGCUAGCCCGACAGACCGUGAAGGAACAGAUGAAGGGAUUCCGUGGGUUUGCAGUCAUGGCCGACUGGCAGAAUCACUGGAAGACAAUGGACAAACAAUUUGAAAUGCGCCAGCUGGGUAUCUUCCGGCAAAUGGUUGAUCGAGGUCUUAUCUAUCGCAAGUUCAAGCCAGUAUAUUGGUCACCUUCAACAGGGACGGCUCUUGCGGAAGCAGAGCUGGAAUAUCAGGAAGACCAUGUGUCUACCGCUGCGCUGGUAAAGUUCCCUCUGGUCGAUGUUCCGAAGCACCUUGUUGAAGACCCUCUUCUCAGGGGAAAGGAAUUGAGUGCUGUUAUUUGGACUACGACACCCUGGACACUGCCUGCCAAUGCUGCCAUUGCUGUCCAUGAGUCUUUGGAAUACACGAUUGUUCAGUCAGAGAAAUAUGGUCAUCUUCUCAUCGCUCAGUCCCGGUUUGAGUACUUGCAGAACACGCUCAAUGAGGACUUGUCCAUCAUUAUUCCGUCUAUCAUGGGAUCGGAAUUAGCAGAGAAAACUACGUAUCGACCUCUUUUCAGGGGCCCAGAAGCUCAGCCCCAGCCCAUCAUCGCCGCCGACUUUGUCACUGCUGAUUCUGGAUCUGGUUUGGUUCACUGUGCGCCUGGUCACGGAAUGGAUGACUACGAAGCUUGUCUUGCCCGUGGAAUUCCUGUGUUUGCUCCCGUCAAUGACGAGGGCAGAUUCACCGAGAAAGCGAUGCCCCUUGAUCCAACUCGGUUGACCGGAAAGCCUGUUCUCGGAGAAGGCAACACAGCAGUCUUGGAAUAUGUCGCAUCUUGUGAUCAGUUGCUCGCACAACAUCGGUACGAGCACAAGUACCCCUAUGACUGGAGAUCGAAGCUUCCGAUCAUUGUUCGGGCCACCGAGCAGUGGUUUGCCGACGUAGCGGACAUCCGUGGAAGUGCCCUUCGAGCCCUGGACGAUGUUCGCUUCGUCCCUGAAAGCGGCAAGCAGCGACUGGAGAACUUUGUGAAGAAUCGAAGUGAAUGGUGUAUCUCACGACAACGCUCAUGGGGUGUUCCCAUUCCCGCCAUCUACCACCGGACCACUGGCGAGGCGGUCUUGACCAAGGACAGCGUCUCACAUAUCAUGACCACGAUUGAAGAGCGGGGCAUUGAUGCCUGGUGGACUGAUAGCGCCGAUGAUGCUGCAUGGAUUCCCCCAAACUUGCGCAAUGAAUCUGGAGCAGGGUAUCGACGUGGAACAGACACCAUGGACGUGUGGUUUGACAGCGGUACCAGUUGGGCAGAGAUUGAUGUACCCACUGAAGGCCGGAGUCACCCUGCCGACGUGUAUCUCGAAGGUAGCGACCAGCACCGUGGAUGGUUCCAGUCUGGUCUUCUGACCUAUAUCUCACACCAGCUCGGCUCUGAACAGGGUCAAACCCCCCGUGCUCCGUUCAAGAACCUCAUCACCCACGGCUUCACCCUGGAUGAACAUGGCCGGAAGAUGAGCAAGUCGAUUGGAAAUACCAUUGCCCCGCAAACCAUCAUGGAUGGAACUCUGCUGCCUCCUCUCAAGCCCCGCAAGGUCAAAGGAAAGAAGCCAGUCGAGAACCCGGAACCUGUCUACGACGCACUUGGCCCCGAUGCUCUUCGCAUGUGGGCGGCCAGCAGCGACUAUACUCGGGAUGUAGUGAUUGGAAAGCAAGUUCUUCAGACCGUCAACACCAGUCUUCACAAGUUCCGUGUGACGUUCAAGCUACUUCUGGGCGCCCUCGCCGAUUUCCGACCCGAAAACGUUGUUCCAUAUGAGAAGUUGCAGUUAGUGGACCGGAUUGCCUUGAAGCACCUUUCCGACAUGGUUCUCACCUCUCAGAAGGCGUGUGACAACUUUGAAUUCUACAAGGCUGUGAACAUGAUGAACCGAUGGGCCAACCUCGAAUUCUCCGCUUUCUACAUGGAAGCGAUCAAAGACCGUCUCUAUACCCUGGGUGCAGAUAGCUUGAGCCGCCGGGCUGCCCAAACGACCUUGUUCUACAUCUACCGUCACCUCCAAGAGGUAUUGGCCCCCGUCACCCCACUGCUCGUGGAAGAAACGUGGGAACACACGCCCGAGGCCAUUCGCACCCAGACCGAGCACCCCUUGCAGCGCUUGGUUUCCGCACCCGCCCCGGAAUGGCAGGAUGUCUCCCUGGACACCAGCUACCAAGAGCUGACCGUGGUACACUCGGCCAUCAAGAACUUGCAGGAGCAAGCCCGCAGCAAAAAGCAACUCGGCUCAUCCCUGCAAUCCUUCGUGCACCUCGCCCUCCCCAGCAACUCAGGCUUAUUCCACCAGUACCUCUCCGAACUCCCCGACCUCUUUGUUGUAUCUUCCCUCACUCUCGGAUCUCAGGCUGACCCUGUUUCCACUGAAAUCACCGAAGCCGAAUGGCAGUACCAAGAAGCCUUCCAACUCGGUGGCCAACCAGGCACUGUUCACGUGUACGCGCCACAGGCAGGUAAAUGUCCCCGGUGCUGGCGUUAUGCGGUUGCGGAACCAGUGGAAAAUACCAUCUGCGACCGGUGUGAGACGGUGGUGAGUGAAUUGGAGGCAAAUGCUUGA